AUGGGGGACACCAACACGGACAUGGGGGUGCGCCCCGCCCCCUCCCCACCCCCCCCCCGCACCUGGCCCUCGCGCCGCGCCCGCCCGAACCCGCCCGGAACCGCCCGAAGCCCCCCGAACCUCACCGAACCUCACCGAACCACCCCGAAGCCUCUCCGAGCCCACCCGAAGCAGCCGAACCCACCCGAACCCCUCCGAACGCACCCGAAGCGGCCGAACCCACACGAACCUCUCCGAACGCACCCGAAGCCUCUCCGAGCCCACCCGAACCCCUCCGAGCCCGAGCCGAAGCCUCUCCGAGCCCACCCGAAGCCUCUCCCGAGCGUGGCCGAAGCGCAGCCGAGCCCACCCGAAGCGGGCGCCGGUGGCCGCGGUGGCCCCGGUGGCCCCGGCGGUGGCCCCGGGAUGGUGGCGGCCCCCCCGGCCGCCGCCGCCGCCAUGCGCCGGGGGUUUCUGGUGCCCGAGAUCCGCCCGCUCGACCAGUACGACGGGGCUCGGGCUCGCAGCGCCGCCAGCCUGGCCUGGGCCAUCGCCACCGGCUACGGCGGCGCCGGAAACGUCCCCGAGGAGCUGCGGGACCCCUUCUGCACCCACCCUGUGGCCCUGACUGCCCCAUCACCUUUGACCCCAAAUAUCCCAUUUUCCCCCAUUUUUUUUUUUGACCCAUUAUCCAUUUUUUGA